AUGGACAAACGUGGCCUCGCUGCCAAUGCAGACGAGACCCUCACACAGCAGUAUCCGACGCCAACGGCCGAAGGGCAAGCUGGCGCUACCUCCUUUUACAAUGCCACGGGCGCCGACGUCAGUCUCGACCAGAUAGAUCCGCAGCUCGGAGGCAUGCAGUCUGACGAGAGCCGCGGCGGCCAGCUGGACGACAGCGCCGCCACGACGGAGGCCAAUGUCCGUGCACUGGUCGCUGCAGUGAACGGCAGCGACGAUGUCGACGUCAGCAUGGGCGGCGACGCGGACGAGUCGUAUCCUGAGUUGCACCUGCGCGCCCUUAAAACGGAGGAUACAGGGCCAGCCGACGACGGGAGCGGCGGCGUGUACGGUGGCGCGGCACAAGCGGACCACCAUCCUAACGACGAGAACAACAUGUACGCGGCCGCUGCGCUGGAGCACGUGCAGCAAGCAGCCGCCGCACAACAGGCGGAGAGCCAGGACGGCGUGGCGCACGACGAGCACCAGCAACACCAACAGCCGCACGAGCAGGAGCACAACCCGGCCCACGACCAACCCCAGCAGGGUGUGCGGGCGCCGGUGAGCGUCGAGGAGCUGCAGCUGGCCGCACAGCUAAGCCAAGGCCUCGCGCCCAUGAUGCGCGAGGCCAAUGCGCGCCGCGAAGGCGAGUUCCACGACGCCACCAGCGGUGUCAGUAGCGGCGCAGACGCCGGCGCUGGCUUGCAUGACGGCCAAGACGACGCCGAGGCGUUGCGCGUCGCGGCGGCGGCGGCGGCGGCGGCUGCUGCGGAUGGCACAUACGGUAGCCCCGACGUGACGUCCGCGUACCACCACACUCUGCAGCACCCGGCUGACGUCCAGGGCGUGAGCCACUUGCCGGCGUCGCUGCAGAUGGCGCAUAUGGCCCAACAGUACAACGUCGACCACAUCCCGCCAAGGAAACGAUCCAAGGUAUCACGCGCCUGUGACGCGUGUCGCCGCAAGAAGAUCAAGUGCGACGCGGUGUCAGAGACCGAGCACUGCACCAACUGCCGGCGCGCGCGCAUGGAGUGCUUGUUCAGCCGCGUGCCCCAGAAGCGCGGCCCCAGUAAGGGGUACAUCAAGGAGCUCGCCGACCGUAUCAACAGCAUCGAGGGCAAGCUGGGCAACCAAAGUCCCGCAUCCGCCGCCGACGCCCUCGAGCUCCUGCGUGACGCGGGCGAUGCUGCCAACGGCUAUGCGCGAUACUCGCUCAACGAGAACGCCAAGCGGCCCUUUGCCAACAUAUCGGAAGAGACGCCCGACGGCAGCCCGCAAAACAACAACCGACACACCGCCUGGGCCACCACGACGCCGCGCACGCCGUACUCGGCCGUGUCGCUCGCGCCUCAACCGCACAUCGAUGGCGACACCCCGAACGCACUCUCUCGGUCGCUCACGGAUAUGGAGCGGCUGCUGCCUCUGGCCGAUCACGAGUCGCAGGAGCUGGACGACGCCGUGUUUGCUUGCUACCUCACUGCCAUCCACCCCUGCCUCCCCUUCCUCCCUAGCGACCGAUCCCGCGUGCUCGACAACCUGGCUCAGUGCCCCCAAUUCCUGCAAGACGCAUUCGUAGUCGCACUGCGCGCUGUCUCUGACGCGCUUGGGUCCGUGCCAACGACUGGUCUGGCGCGUGUUGCGAGUGCUCUUCUUGCCCAGUGGGAGACGGAAGGCAGUGCGCGCACGUCUCUGCACGACCUCGUCCACCUGCAGACGUUGCUGCUUCUUGCCAUCGAAGCAGACACCCAUGGGCCGGCCUCUCUCAAGGGCCACCACGGCGGCCUCUCAAAGACGGCGCUUCUGUCACGCGCCGUCGCCGUUUCCUACGAAAUGGACCUGCCUCAGGAGCAGCUGGGCGCAACCGUCGCCACCAUCUCCGCGGCUGCAGCAGACGAUCCGUCCCAGGCCGGCGCUGUCGACACCGACUCCGAAGCUCGCCUGGGCCUGCGCGCGUGGUGGUCGCUUGUUGUGCUCGACCGCUGGAAUGCCGUCGCGCUCGGUAAGCCGCUGCUCAUCCCACUGCGCAGCGUUGUGCUGUCGCCCGGCCUGCGCCCGCUUCUGGGCGAGUCCGCCUUCCAGUUUACGAAGCUGUCCUACCUGCUCGGCUCAUCCAUUGCGCCUGCACUCGUCUCGAAGGAUCCCCUUCGCCAACUGCAAACCCCAUCAUCGUCCUCUUCCUCUGCCGCCUUCCUCGGCCCGCUCAGCCAGCAGCUCGAUCUCGGCCUAGAGAUGUGGCGCGCCGACCUGCCCGACUCCGUCACCGAAUCGGCCGCUCCGCUCGUCCAUCUCGGCUACUGGCAGUACCGCCUGCUGGCGUACCUGCUGCAGCCGUCCACUCUCUCAUCCGACGUCUCCUGGGCCACCAAAAAGGUCGUCGAGCUGACCCUUGUCGCUACCGACGCCAAGGCUGUCUCCCGCCGCGCGCCUGGGCCCCCCAUCAGCCCGUUCCACCACUACUUUAUCUGCCUCUCCGGUCUGAUCUUGGCCGAGCUGUCCAAGGUCGCCGGCGAGCGCCAGGUUGCGCUGCGCACCCUCAACGACUUGCUUGAGGUUGUCGCACCCAAGCCGAUCCCCGUCGAGGGUGGCGCCGAGGGCGCUACCGAGGUCCCCAACAGCUCCGUCUGGAACGGCCCGCUGCGGGAGACGCUGGCGCGCCGGCUGAAAUCGUCGCCGUCCAACGCUACGGGCAACAAUGCGAACAGCACCGCUUCAGCAGGCAACCCUGCCACUUUGGCCGCCGCAGCGGUUGCCGCAGCGGCCGCUGCUGCCGCCGCUGUGGAGGCUGCUGUGACGGCAUCCGAGGGCGACGCCUCUGCGGCAGCCAACAGCGACAGCACGGCCGAGUCUGCCCAGCCUGCGGCCCCGCCUGCCGCCGCGCCCGAACCCGUUCCGGCGGCAGACGACAGCGGUUUGCGCAGCGCCACCAACUACGAAAACCUUGGUUUCAAUCCACUGGCGUUGCUUCGUGGUGGAUUCCUGAACACGGUGAACAAGAUGGCCGUGGUGACUCCAGCCGUGGCUACGACCAGCGCUCCCGUCGCUCCGGAAGCCAACUUGGAAGGGAGCUCCACGCCGCAAGAGGCCUCUGUACAGGCGUGA